CCUGUUAACAAGAAAGUCAAAAGUGACUGCACUAGACAGUGCAAAGGACAUCUCCGCUGCCCAACACACCAUCCUGUUUUGCUACAAGAUUGCUUAUUAACCUAUUUCCGUUUCUCGUUGAAAAUUUCAGAGGAGAACCAGACAUGAAUUAUCUGAUCUUCAAACUGUGUGUUCUUCUUAGCUUCGCAAUUUCAAGCUUAGCAGUGACCGUAAAAGAAGAUGGUAAGGAGGUAGACUGUAGUGUCCCAUGCGCUUGUUGUAGAGAAGGACGAAAACGUUGUGGAAAAAGUCAUAUUUGCGAUUCUGGCUGCAUUGAUACAGUAUAUGGUAACAGAUGUGAACAUCUUUGUAAAGCCAACUGUUAUACGUGUCAACAAUCGAAGGGGACAACCUGUACGACAUGUAGGGAAACAUUUUAUGAUAUCGACAGUAGCUGUGGUAAGACCUGCUCAGUCGGGUGUAUUGGUGGAAAAUGCAACUAUCUAGAUGGCACAUGCUCAUGUCGUAAAAACUUCAAAGGAGAAAGAUGCGAAGCGUGUGUUGACGGACGGUAUGGUUCAACCUGUGAUCAGGUUUGCAGUUUUGGCUGUGCAACACUUUCCUGUGACAAAAACACUGGUUUUUGUGAAUGCAAUGGCUUUUUUAUAGGCCCUAAAUGUGAAAUAUGUGCAGUUGGAGAUUAUGGUUUUCCGGGCUACACUGGAUUGAAAUGUGGAACAGUUUUUAAAGCUAGCAUUGGCGAUGAUUUUUUUUUGGUGUGUGCCGGAGUUAUAGUGGCGGUAAUGGUGACUGUGGUGGUUGUGAUGUUAAUAGUGAGAUGUAACAGGAAGAAGGCCAACGACGCAAUACCAAAAGGGAUAAAAACCAGCAAUCGAAAAUCUGGAGAGACAGAUUUCAAACUCAUGUACGAGUAUUUAGACGAAAAAACACGUGAAUAACAACAGAUACCUGAAAAUGAAAUGCCACUUGCUUCGACUUUUAUGGUUGGAAUGCGGUCUAAUGGAGAUGUAAAUACGGUUUAUUACAACAAUGCAAAUAAAGAUAAAAUACUUUGUAAGGAAAUGGAAUAACCAAUUGUGUAUUCGUGACUAUGUAAAAACAGGACACUGUUAGAUUGUACUCGACUAAUUCUUGUAGAUCCUUUAGGUAGUGAAAAUCAAAAAAAUGUUAACCAAAUAUUAACAAAUAUACAUGU